AUUCCCGGGGCGCGCCGCAAGCGCUAGUCUGCUGCUCAUCCUGAUAAACAUCCUCUCUGCCAUUAUCGCGUGUCUCUAUCACAAUACACAAACAAAGCUGUCACAAACAGCGACUUAGCUACAAUGUACCGCGAGGGUAAUGGACCUAUUCUGGAGGACGUUCUCCUCAGCGACCAGUUCCUCUACGAGUACUCUCCGGCCGAGAGCAUCAUCAAUUUCGAGCUCCCUUCGGCCUUCACUUCGGAACACAGUGAUUGGUGGAGUGAUUUAGACCUGAACUGUGAACCUUUUGUGAACGGUGCUGGUGUCAGUGACAACAAAGAAGAAUUUAAUUUCCCUGGUAAUUGUAUCACAUUCGAUCUCGGCUCUUUCGAUAAGGACAUAGACGAGUUCCUUUUAGAAGCUCUCAGUAGUGAUAAGUCUUAUGAUGCUCCUCAGUCCGGAACAGACUCAUCGGACAGCGGGGAAGAUGUUCUGGGGAGUUUCUCCUCUUUCGGGACUGAAUACGAUUCAACAUACGCGCAGGACGCGCUUUAUUCAACACAAUUUCAAGCUGUAGCCAACACAGGAAAUAGUAUAAGUAAAGAGACGAAUAAGACUGAAGUGAAAAAAUCGUUCGGGGAGCCGGCGUACUGUCCCGAGCUUGGAGCUUUCCGGUGUCCUGUUGAAGAGUGCGGCAAAUUGUACGCGAAGGCAUCACACGUGCGAGCGCAUUUGCGGCGGCACAGUGGAGAAAAGCCGUACCACUGCACGUGGGGUGGCUGCGCGUGGCGAUUCGCGCGGUCGGACGAGCUGGCGCGGCACCGCCGCAGCCAUUCGGGUGACAAACCUUACGGGUGCCGCGAGUGUGGCAAGCGUUUCGCGCGUUCUGACCACCUCGCCAAGCACGGGCGUGUGCACGCGCGCCGUGCUGCUGCAGCAGCCGCCGCUGCCGCCAAGAGAUCUCUCCCACACGGACAUCGAACGAAACGAUUCGUUUAACUACUUUCAAUCAUUUUGUUACAUAAUAUCAAGCUUAAAGCUUUUGUGCCAUAAUUGACUGUGCAAAGAAAAGCGUUUACACUUUCCCUUUGAAAAUUAACAUAAACGGUACGCACACAUGUCGCACCCCUCAAGAAAGGCACAAUUUUUUUAUUACUUUUCAAGCGGUCAACAAUCGGUGUUAAUCGAACACGAAAACAUAACUAUUUUAUGAAAAGUAGUAAUUCUAUGCGUAACCAGAAACAUCCUUUUACAUACCUAAUUUACAACUUUUCAAUCAUACUUCUCUCCAUGCUAUAUCAAAUCACAAUAAACCGUGUUACGCCUCUUUCCACGAAUACAAAUUAAUUUGAGGUUUAAUUUAAGAACUCCCUUCAUUGUGCAAAAUGUUAGGAUUUUAUCUUUUUAUGAAUUUGUUUUUACAAAUAAAUACGCAUGUUUUCCACGAGCAUUUGACCAAAAGAUUUACGGAGCUAUUUCCCUUACACCUCUUUUGGUGUAAAAAAUAAUUAAAUGUAAGGAGAUAUAUCUUUUGCUGCGGUUUUAUUCCAUAACGUAUUUGGUUAUGCUUUUAUUUGUGAAAAAAUUGUGAAAGUAAAGUUACGUAGUGACCAGCGCAGCAGCAGUGGUCGGAUAUGCGGAUAUUUAUUUACCAA